GCCUGCCCGGUUGCCCGCUAGCAGCUCGGUAGCCCACCCGCAGCCACUGGCACGGGACAGAUUCGGAUAAGGUGCGCUCGGGAGUGCAUGUGUGUGUUAUGUGCGUGUCGGCGUGCGUCGGUGGGGAAGAAGGGACUGCUGGGAGUGGAAGUGGUGUUGCAGCCGCCGGCCGGCCGCAGGCCAAGAUUUUGUAGCAGCAGCCGUAGGACCACGUCAGGGAUUCCAUUCCGUUCUGUCUCGUGCCAACUCAAGUGCUUUUAUGGUUUUUUAAUGAUCUACCUAGCAAGGAUUCUUCCGGGUGGCCAGAUUUUUAUGACAACUCUUCGCCGUCAUUUACUAUCACUGCCAAAGUUUUAUGGACUCAUGUAGCAUUAUAAGGACAUGUUUUGAACAUUCACUGCCAGUUACUGCCAGAUAGCACUGCCAAUUCGAAACCUGAUCACUGCCACUGACUCACUGAUCGGAGAUAUUUAUUACUAUUUUACGUAAAUCAAUGUGUUCUUCCUAUUUGCCUUAAGUAGCAUUAGUGUUAAAAAAUAAUAUAGGAGUGGACUAAAGACAUAUUGAAAGUUGCUCAACCGAGAAGUGUUCGUGGAGCUUCCUGACAGCCAGCUCUUUAAACUCGUGGCGCCAGCAGGGCCGUCAAAGCCUUCCGACAAGUUCUUUACGUCGACCCAGGCUUCUCCCGCGCCAAUGAAGUCCACCUCCGUUUGGGGUUGAUGUUCAAAGUGAACAAUGACUGGGAAUCUGCCUUAAAACAUUUACAGUUAGCUCUGAUAGACGCCAGCCCUUGUACAUUCUCCAAGUUAGAAAUUCGUUUUCAUAUUGCACAUUUGUAUGAAGUUCAAGGAAAGUACAAAAGUGCUAAAGAAAACUACGAGCAGCUGCUUCGUGAAAAAGAUUUACCAACUCACUUGAAAGCUGACAUAUGCAGACAAUUAGGUUGGAUGUAUCAUUGUGUUGACUCCCUGGGAGAUAAGAAUCACCGUGAAAGUUUAGCUAUACACUGCCUACAGAAGUCAAUUGAAGCUGAUCCUAAAUCUGGACAAUCCCUCUAUCUUCUGGGACGCUGUUUUGCUAGCAUUGGGAAAGUACAUGAUGCAUUUAUUGCAUACCGUAAUUCUGUUGAAAAAUCUGAAGGCAAUGCAGACACCUGGUGUUCAAUAGGUGUCCUUUACCAGCAGCAAAAUCAGCCUAUGGAUGCCUUACAGGCAUACAUCUGUGCAGUCCAGCUUGAUAAAAGCCACACAGCAGCAUGGACUAACCUUGGUAUUUUGUAUGAAAGCUGUAACCAGCCCAGUGAUGCAUUUGCUUGUUAUGUGAAUGCAACAAGAGGUUCUGGUGGAAAUACUGGGAGCCCAAUAAGUCCAAACAAUACAUCUAGUACCAUUAAUAAUAACUUAGCAUCACUAACAACGUCACCAAGCAGAGCUCCAGGGGGUAUGAAUCCCAACCUGAGCCAAAGAAUAAAGUUCCUGCAGAGUCACUUAGCAAGCGCACCAAUGCCCAGCAUUACCAGCAAACGUCGGCAACUGCCAUCAAUAGAGGAGGCAUGGAACCUCCCCAUAUCUGCAGAAAUGUCAUCACGACAACAGCAACAACAGCAGCAACAGAACCAAGCUGUUGCGCAGCAGAGGGGGCCAGGAACACCAUUCCAGAAGGGAUAUACACAGCCAGGACAACAACCUCAGUACAAUGGUAUAAAUGGCCAUCACCAAGUCUCUCCCCAGGGUCCUCCUCCACCCUAUCCAGUGCAAACAAAUGCUGCUGGGACGAAGAGAUUCAAGAGUGGGGGAGAUGUAGUUGAAAAUAGCCCUCCUGGUGCAAGAGUGGCACCAGCAACCAACCAACAGAGAGCAGUGCCACCACCAACAUUUAUGAACCAACAGCAGCUACACAUGCUCCAGUAUUUGCAACAGAACAUAGCGAACCUUAACCCACAACAACAGGGUAUGCUGCAGCAGUUGCAACACCAGUAUCGAUUAAUGCAACAGCAUCAGCUGAAGCUACAACAGCAGCAGCAGCAACAACAACAACAACAGCAGCAGCAACAGCAGCAACAACAGCAGCAACAACAACAGCAGCAGCAGCAGCCACAAAGACCUGCAGGAAUUACAAGGCAACCACAGCAGCCAGCACAGUAUUCACCAUACCAACAGAGUUCCGUUAUUAAAACAUACAGUAUGCCACAGCAAACACAGGGUUCAGUAGCACCACAGACUGGUUUUACGGAUGCUAGUAUUGGGUAUUCUGCUGCCACACCUAGCACACAGCAAUCACCUGGAAUGCCCUACAAAAGUGCAACAGUGGACCAUCAGUUAUCAUAUCAACAGAGAACAUCCUCCCAACUGCAGCAUUAUCCAUAUGGUACUCAGGCUAAUUCUACAGGCUUCACACAGAUAUCUUCAACUACAACACCUCAUGCAACACCGCCAGCUCAUUCAACUUUGGAGUCAAGUUCUUAUCACCAUACUUACCCAACAUCAAAUUCUCCUUCGAGCAAAGAACUUGCUGUGAGUGACCAAGAGCUACAGGCUUUACUUUCCCAGAAGGAUAUUGCAACAUCACUAGCAGAAGAUUUGUUGAAACAUUUUGGGUCAGGUAGUGAAGAUUUAGAUGUGAAGGUGGAAGAGCCUAUAUCAACAAAUCAAGUUGCCAUUACAUCAACAUCAAAUCAACAAAACUCCAAUACUUUGAGCUCAGGACCAUUUUCUCCCUCAAAUUUGCCAGAUGACAGUAGUGGCAAUAAUUCUUCAGUAAUAAUGAACUCUGGUGCAUCUACUGCUGGCGAAGCUGUGAAUGUAAAACAGUCGAUGUCUCCAGCAGUCAGUACUGCAAAUAGUCCAAAACUUGAGCAGGCACCAACACCUUCGUCCAGUGCUUCUACUAUAACAUGCUCACCCAAACAAGAGAUAAAAACAGAAGGAAUAUCCACUACUGUGAAAAGUGAAUCUCAGAGCUUAAUUACGACAAGAAGUACUUCACAAACUUCCCAGAACACCAAUCGUGUUCCAUCAGUAUUACAGCAGGAUUUGAAAGUAGAAGCUGCAGUUUUAGAAUUUUCGAACUUAUGUGAGCCCCAACCUGAAACAGAAUACAGCAUAGAUAUGGAUGCCAAGUCUGUGAUAGAGGCAUGCAAGGGCCGAGGGCUAAAUGGUGUCUCAAACUGCAGCAUUUUGUCAGACCGUGCUCCUCCACCGCAGCCUCCAGAUCCACCUCAGCAGCGACUAACAAGAGAACAGCUGCUUCCUCCAACUCCCUCUGUGUACCUGGAAAACAAAAAGGAUGCAUUCAGCCCACAGCUACAAGAGUUCUGCCUCAAGCAUCCAAUUGCUGUUGUCAGAGGCCUAGCAGCAGCACUUAAAUUAGACCUAGGUCUGUUCUCAACAAAGACACUUGUUGAGGCAAAUCCAGACCAUAGCGUUGAAGUUAGAACACAAAUGCAGCAAACAUCAGAUGAAAACUGGGAUCCACAGCAAGGCCGAAAAGUUUGGGCCUGUAUUAGUCACAGAUCACACACCACUAUUGCCAAAUAUGCUCAGUAUCAGGCAUCGUCUUUCCAGGACAGCUUGAAGGAAGAAGGUGAAAGAACAGCAGGAGCACACAACAGUAAUCUGUCAGAUUCGGACUCGAAAGAUUCUACAGGAAAUGUGCGUCGAAAGAAAGGAGGUGCAUUUGGAGGUUCAGGUGGUGGGAAGUCGGGGCCCAAAAUGUUAAGAUUUGGUACUAAUGUUGAUCUCUCAGAUGAACGAAAAUGGAGACCUCAACUGCAGGAACUCAUGAAAUUACCAGCAUUUGCUCGUGUUGUCUCUGCUGGAAAUAUGUUGUCCCAUGUUGGUCAUGUUAUUCUUGGCAUGAACACAGUACAACUGUACAUGAAGGUUCCUGGAAGCAGGACUCCGGGACACCAAGAGAAUAAUAACUUCUGCUCCAUCAAUAUUAACAUUGGCCCAGGUGACUGUGAAUGGUUUGCUGUGCCUGAUGCGUACUGGGGAGUUAUUUACAAUCUUUGUGAAAGGAAUAAUAUAAACUACCUUCACGGCUCCUGGUGGCCUUCUUUAGAUGAUUUAUAUGAGGAAAAUAUACCAGUCUAUCGAUUCAUGCAGAGGCCAGGAGAUUUAGUAUGGGUCAAUGCAGGUUGUGUUCAUUGGGUUCAGGCUGUUGGAUGGUGCAACAACAUUGCAUGGAAUGUUGGCCCACUGACUGCAAGGCAGUAUCAGUUGGCUAUAGAACGCUAUGAGUGGAAUAAACUUCAAAGUUUCAAAAGUAUUGUUCCAAUGGUCCAUCUUUCUUGGAACCUCGCACGCAAUAUUAAGGUUUCUGAUCCUAAACUUUUUGAGUUGAUCAAAAAUUGUUUGCUAAGGACAUUACGCCAAUGUGCUAUGAUAUUAGAAUUUGUGAAGUCAAAAGGUGUAGAAGUGAGAUUCCAUGGUCGAGGAAAGAAUGAAGCAUCUCAUUACUGUGGACAGUGUGAGAUUGAAGUUUUCAACAUCCUCUUCAUCAGAGAACAAGAAAAAAGGCAUGUUGUUCAUUGUAUGGACUGUGCCAGAAAGCAGGCACCAAGUUUGGAAGGGUUUGUGUGUCUCGAAGAAUAUAGCAUGGAAGAACUAAUGGAAGUGUUCGAUCAUUUCACAUUACAUGAUCCAAAAAGCCCAUCAAAUCAAUUGAGCCUACCAUCAUGAUGACUACAAAUGCUAGCAUUAGCAAGUAGGUAAUGGUCUGCUGCAGCAAGCUUGGAACAAUGAGCUUAAGCUGCAAAAUUUGUGUUGAAUCCUCACUAUGCAUGAUCUCCAUUACUGGGGAGUGGAAGAUAUAUUUCUACAAGUGAAACAUUUCACAUUAUAUAUAAAGCCUUUUUUUAUGAAAAGAGUGAAAUGCAGAAUUCAGAGUUAUAUUUUAAUACAAAUAUAAAGUAAUUUUACGAAGACUCACAACUGUAGAUCAAGACAAAAAGGAAAUAAAGUGAUGUGCUGCAUAGACUGACCUCAUGUUGAAAGAAAGGCAGUAGGAUAUGUACUAGUGACAAUCUGCCUGCUGCAUGUUUAUGUGCAUCUUGUAAAUAGGGGAAGUAAUUUGUGGAUGUACAUCGAAACAUUUCUAUGAAUGUCAAACGGGUGAUCUCAUGUUUUAUCCUCAUGUUUUGAACAGUGGAUAAAUAUAUUUGUACAGUUUCUAUUUAUUAGGACAUUGUGGAAUGUGAAAAACCUGAGUAUCAGGUCACAAGCAAUUCAAGUGUAAAUAAUUAACGAGAACGUUACUUGAAGCAAUUAUGAGAAUUGCUUAUUUAGGAAGACAGUAUAACACCUGCCUAAGAAAUUACAGGGCAAUUGAUACUAAAUUUUUGACAGUGUAUUAAUGUCCAACAAAUUUAGUGCUGCAAUCAACAGUUAUGUGAUGAGCUUCUUAAAAAUUAAGAGACUAUGUAAAGCUGUAAUUUGAUAACAAAAUAUGAAAGUGAAAAAUAUUUUAUGGUAGUUUCUGGAGUUAAAGUCACAGGGCAUUAAUUAUUACACAAUUUUGUGUAUUGGAUCAUUGGUAGUGAUCUACUUUCUUCCUUUUAAGACACGUGUUGACUCAAGCGAUGCAAUAUUUGAAUUGUGAUUUUGUGAUAAGACUGACUUUCACUGCCAAAAGGAAGUAAGAAUUUCGUUUUUGGAUUAAUGGUGUGCUGUUGAAAGAAUCUGAAGUAAUGUGUAAUUACUUUGCAGUUACCACGCAUUUGUUUAUAUGCACAGGAUUUGUUGUAUAGUAUUCAGAUUUAAAAGAACUAGCUAUCACUGCCAGUAGCUUAUUUGCAUAAACUGCAUAGUGCUUGUUAAACUUUUAGAAAUCUAUUUAACACACAAAACCAACUUGACCUUUAUUUGUGGCAUAUAUAGGAUGUUCUAUUUUAUAUGAGAAUGGUAUGUUUUGUUUGUUUCUGUAGACUGAGUUUAGGAUUCAUGUAAAUAAUUUAUGAUAAGUAAUAACAAUAUUAAAAAUGAAAAUGGAACAUCCAUUGCAGUUCGACAAACAGUAUGUGAAAUGAAAAAAUGUAUUAGAUCUUUUACUCUGAAGCUUGUAGUGGCUCGUUCAUUUUCUAAUGUAAAUCAUCCUUUGAGGUAAUUUAUUUAAGAAUUGACAUGAUUAUCUUAUUCUCCAGAGUUUAAUUACAUAUUUUAAUAAUUGUUGUGUAUUUUACUAUGUUAAUAUUUUCCUAGAGAUCUUUAUCCUCUGUGAAAGAGUUGUCUAAAUGUAAUUUUUAUUUCUUUACACUUCUGGUGACUAUUUGGUUAAUGUAUUUUGAGUCACAACUGUUAAAAUAUUCCAUUACAGCUCUAGCCACAGUUACGGUAAACUUCAGAAUGUCUUGCAGGCUGUGAAUAUUUUGUCAGUAGAUGAUAAAGUAAAAUCAAUUUUUGACAGUUAUGAUAUAGAAAUGUAAUAAUCCUAAGUUAUUUGGUUUUUAACACAUGCCCUUAUAGUGUUGACUCUUAUGUUUGUAUCUUGAGUGUGUUCUUUUGGUUCAGUAUUGGAAUGGAUCACAGCUAAUAAUUUUAAUUAAAAGAAGCAUAUGAUGUGGAAAAGAGGUAUAUGUAAAGACACACAUACACAAACUAUAUUCACUUUUUUGUUGCCAAGCCACUGAAACAGAUGUCGUGGUAUAUCACAGAUGUGCAAGGCACUUUGUUUAUACAUAUAUUCAUAGAUAUAUAUACCUAUACAUAUAUCUGUCAUUCUUUUUAUGGUAAUAAUUUGCCUCUACGUGUGGCAGUGUAUAAGCUUUUUGUUCUUAUUUCUGUAAUCAUUUGAUGUGCUGAUUUUAUUGUUUACAAUAUGAUUAAAUUUGUCAAAACCUGUGCAUAUUGUAGGUUUUGUACUGGCUCUGGUAUUCUUAAAAAAUUUUGAAAGAUAGAAAAGAAAAAGGAAAAAGUAGCUUUUGUAUUUAUAGGGAGAACAAAUCCCUACAAUGGGUGUAUUAUUGUUACUGAAUUUUGUGUGCAUUUAAAAAAAUUUUUAUUGUGAAAAAUGUGUUAACAUUGUCAGUGAACAAUACUGCACAGUACAUUAUAAAUUGUGGCAUAAAUAAGUGAGAAGGUUGGACAUGCCAGUCUGCAUCCGUAAUGUGUUCCUUGUAUCUGUUGUGUCACAUCAUAAAAAUUGUAAAAAUGAGUUAGCUAAUCAAUAGAUGCCAAGAUCUCUUUAAAAAUCAUAAGUCAACAAAACCUAUUAGAGUAUACUUGUUGACUUCGUGUAUGAGAAUAAUAUAUUUACAUGGGUUAAUGAAUGUAGGGCAUGAAGACGUAUAUUGCUUGUUUUUUUGGAAUUGAUGAGAAAAUUUCAGCAAGUUCACUCAUGGGGCAUCACAUAUUUUUCACCCUCAACAGCAUUCAUUGGUUAAAAAGCCAGAGGUAAUAAAGUAAAAAUCUUAUAAUGCCAUUUCCUCUCUGGUUAACAUUGAGCUUAAUACUGUGUGUCUCCUUCCUUUUAACUCUGUAAUGUGUUACGAGCUGCAAUAAGAGUUAUAAUGAUUCUCACAAAAAUAGGUGGGUCAAGGUCAUCUCACCAUCUUACAGCAAUGCCAGUUAGUGGUAUUUUCAAAUGUUAGUGAUAUUUCUGAAAAAAAUGCUGUACAUCUCUUAUUUUUAAUCCAAAAUAGUUUUUGUCUCGUGUCACCUACUAACAAGAUAUUCCAGUCACGGCAGUAUACAAGUACUUGCAUAUUACUGCCAGGAUUCUUGAUAUGAUGGCUUCCCGUAAAAAUAUUCCCUACCACCUGUAGGGAUUACAUUUGCAACUCUUCCCCACCCAAAACACCAAUAUUCACUAUACAAAAGUGCCUGUAGAUAUUUUUGGGCCACCAUUUUCCUUGAAGUGGUGCCAGACAUAUUUCUUCCUAUGGGUUUGCGAAAACCAAGUUUCAUUCAGAUAAGGCUUGUUGUCCUCUGUAUGCAAUAAAUGCAUAGUUCACAAAAAUUUAUUUCGCAAGGUAGCAAUAUCCCUUUGUUCCAUAAGAAAUGUCAGCAAUGCCAGUUAGUGGUAUUUUCAAAUGUUAGUGAUAUUUCUGAAAAAAAAUGCUAUACAUCUCUUAUUUUUAGUCCAAAAUCGUUUUUGUCUCGUGUCACCUACUAACAAGAUAUUCCAGUCACGGCAGUAUACAAGUACUUGCAUAUUACUGCCAGGAUUCUUGAUGUGAUGGCUUCCCUUAAAAAUAUUCCCUACCACCUGUAGUGAUUACAUUUGCAACUCUUCCCCACCCAAAACACCAAUAUUCACUAUACAAAAGUGCCUGUAGAUAUUUUUGGGCCACCAUUUUCCUUGAAGUGGUGCCAGACAUAUUUCUUCCUAUGGGUUUGCGAAAACCAAGUUUCAUUCAGAUAAGGCUUGUUGUCCUCUGUAUGCAAUAAAUGCAUAGUUAACAAAAAUGUAUUUCCCAAGGUAGCAAUAUCCCUUUGUUCCAUAAGAAAUUUUUGUUCGUCCUCACAUUUUCUGGUCAUAAAACCAAUGUCAUUUAGAAGGGGAAGAAUGAACGUUCUCAAGCCCUUAUACUCAAUUUUGUAUUAGUCGUGGACUUCAUUAGACCUAGGAUACUAUCCUCUAUUGUAGUAUUCUAACACAUUCCUACAGCAUACUUUUUUUUAUUAAAAUCAUCCAUUUGAGUAAAUCUAUUUUCCAGUUUAUAUCCCUUAUGUGGUGAAUGGAAGAAAGCAUUCACACCUACAGCCUCUGAAGAAGUUAAUCACUAACAUGUUGCACUGUUCUUUCUGUGACUCCACAAGCUUUUGCUGUCAACUUUUGUACUUGGGCAAAGUAGUGUUCAUUCUGGCUCCCUCAUCACAAGCAAGUUAAUUGAAUAACUUUUAAUUAAACAUUACAUAUUUAGUUCGUUUUCUAAUGUACAUUCAGUCCCGGCAUACACUAAGAAUAUAUGGACUACCAACUAAUCUAUGCAUAGAAUGUUACUCUUUAUAACUGUCUGUAAAGCAGAAUAAGUUCACAAAAAAGCAAAACCAAAUAUACGGAAGUAGCGAAUUGUGACGACUGACCUGCUGGCACCUGUCAUGGCAACACACCAGUGUCAGGGUCAAAGUGGGGGGAGACGUAAGGAGCAACCUUGAGCAGCCUACUUUUUUGACAGAAACUUUAAAAAUUCAAGCCAAUUAUUAUUCUGUUUUGUAAGAGACUAUUGGGCUGUUCAGCAUUACUUGAGAGUUAUUUUUGCAGCAACAACUGCAGGAUGUUACAUAAACUAUUAUUUUAUUGUAACCAUGAGAGCCUCAUUAGAGAUAAUUACCAUAGCUUGGGAAGGAGCUGAGUUUUAUUGUAAUAUAAAAAGUAACAACAGUUGUUGCCAAAAAUAAUUAUACUGAAAAACAAAGCCAUCUACAUAAUUAGAAUUUGUAACUGAGGUUUGAAAAGCUUUUCCCCCCUUCAGUUAAAGUAUACUUUAUUUCACAUAUGGACAUGUAUAAUUACGUAUUAUUUCCCUAACAAUACUAUGAAAAAGAUAGUUGCUACUCACCAUGCACCAGGCAUGCUGAGUCAUAGAUAGGCACCAUAAAAAGACUGUCAGAAAAUGAGCUUUCGGCCAACAAGCCUUCAUUAGGAGGGUAAAAAAAGAAAAAAACCACACACACACACACACACACACACACAACUUGCAUACACAUGACAGCAGUAUCUGGCUGCUGAGGUUGGUGGUCCGUUUGUUGUGCCUAUCUGCGACUCAGCAUCUCUGCUGUAUGAUGAGUAGCAACUAUCGUUUUCAUAAUAUUGUUACAUUCCAUACUGGAUUUUCCAUGGUGGGACAUUACUUCUCUAGGUACUUUAAGAUUGUGUUCUCCUCAUAGACAGUGGUAUUAAGAGAGAGAAGCUUUUCUGCACCAGAAGCCAUCACUUUUAAAGAUACUUCACUGAUAAAAAAAUGUUUGCCUUCCUACAUAAAUUACUUACCAACCCAAGGAUGUAGUACACCAACAAGUAUAAAAUUUAAGCUUCUGACUUAUUCAAAAAUAGUUAGGAAUAAGAAGGGAGGGGAAACAUAAACACCAAUCAUAACUCUUGAGAAAUAAUUUUGAUAAGUAGGGAAUGCAAGGCUAUUGUCGCCAUAAAAGAAAUGGAUUGUUCAGAUUUCAUGGUAUUUCAGCUGGAGUGCAACUGGAAAUACCAGUUAUCAUAUAUGUGAAUGAAUGCUUACCUAUCAUUAUUACAAGAACAAAUAUAUGGUGUCAAAAUUGCCUUAUUAGCAAACAAGUGAAAAAUAAAUUUUACUAUAGUUCUCUUCAGUUAGGUUAACAUUGUGAAAUAAUUAGUAGAAAUCAAGGAUGUGUACUAAUACCUAUUUCAGGGAGUAAAAUACUUGUGUAUGUAUCUUACAACUAAUAGGGUUCUGCAUAUUCACAGUGCAAGUCACAUUCACAUUAUCAGGAACACACAAGCAAUCUAUUUAUGAAACAGAAGGGAGGACAACUCAUUAAAUUUUGUACACAGAUUUUUUCUCGUGCCUUAUUGUCAUAUCUAUUUGCAUUGUUUGUACACUAAACUGUCCAUAAUUACCCAAUGUAAAUUACAAUUUGUGCAAACUUACUUAAUCAUUUCUCAGAUAAGCAUAACAGUAAUUAAUACAAGAGAAAAAGAUAUUGACUUACAAUGGGUAUAUACCCAAAUUUGCAGAUAUUCUUGGAAGGGAAGCUGCAAGUUUUGUCCACUCCCCCUCCCCACAGACUAAAUUCAUUGUUACUUUAUUAAACUAACUCAUGGUUAUGGGUCUGGUGGUACUGUGUCACAAAUUAAAUUUCUCUCAUUGUGUAAAGGGCUAUUUAGAAAUUAUCAUUUUCCUGGUAUUUUUUUUACUCACAUUUCAUUUUAGGUUCAUACUCACAUGAGAAUCUAAGUUACAUGGUAGUUUUGCAUCUUGGGUCCAUUAAUUGCAGCUUUACAUUUUCCCUUUAUUACACAAUAACGUGUUUGACAUUAUUUUUAUGACAGGAAACUACCUCUUUGCUUUGUGUUUGUGGUACCAGCAAAAAUUUAAGGUAGUACAGUGCUUUUUAUUCUAGUUACACUUUUACAGAAUUUUUGGGUCCUGAAACACACCACAUUUGUCCAAGAACUCAAAGCUUGUAUUAUAAAUUUGAUUUCACACUCGUACUGUUUACAACACACCAUUCGAUAUUUGCUUGUGAUGCGUAUAGAUACUCAUUCAGAUACAUUAGCAACUAUUUUUUGAUCAUUUAUUAAUUGGAAAAGAUACUACAGACCUAACUUAAGUUCUCUCUAAUAUGUUUUCUAAAUAAACUUAUGUCAGAAAACAACUUUUGAAAGUCCGUCAGUAUAAUCUUGCUGCCUUUGUAUUUCAAGCUUCAUGCUUAAUAAUUUUCUCUAGUACUGUGUGCUGUUGAAUUUAUAACUAAUGGAAAGGCUGUGUGAAAGUGUAGAAGGAAGACAUUCACAAUACCGUCAAAGAUAAUCUUAUUGCACAGCCUUUCCCAGAAAUGGGUGUAGGGGGAAAGAGGCUACCUGAGUUCAUUAAAAACAAAACAAAAAAAAGAGGGUUGGUUUUUAUGCUGAAGCCAAGUGAAGCAAAAUAUAAAUGCACAUCAAUGUGAUUGCAGAAAAUGUAUGUAGUUUCUCAUACAGAAAAAUGAAUGAAUUAGAAAGUAAGUACAUUGUGUACAUGGUAUAUAAUAACUGAACACUGCCAAUAAUUUGUGAUAGUAUAUUUCUUUUUAAAAUAAGAAAUACAUGUUGAUUGCCACUUUUACACUGCCCCAGGUCGUUCAUCACAUAUUCAUGUAAAUCUUCAUCAAGACUGAAGAGAAAAAUGUUUUGUUGGCAGAUCACAAACUUUUUAUAGAAAAUGUUAAAUAAUAAUGAAAAAAAUCACAAAAUUAAGGUGUAUGCAAUGAAUUGAACUUGUACAUCAAUCAUUCAGGUGAUGAAAGCUGUAAUGUUCUUUUCCUCACCAGUUUCUAGCUUGAAAACAGUUGCCCCAAAAGCUGUUCUCAACAUCAUCUAAACUUUUCUGUCAAGCUGUCUGCAGUCUUUUUCUUGUUUACAAUCUCCACAGAAUGUAACUUUUUGAUUAUGGUAAAUUUGUCUGCCAAUUAAUGUAAUUGAAAAUUUGAUUAGAGUACCUCUAAUUAAACUGUAAUACACAAAGUUCUUUUGAAGUCAGCACUCACACAAUUUCAGAUUUGGAUCCAUAAAUACUUCUCAGGUCAUGAAUGUGUUUGACUGUAGAGAGAUUAAGAAAUGUGCUGUAAUAAUGAAGUUAUUCACAGAACAUUUUUGUCAGGCUAUUAAAAAAAUUGACCAGAAAGGAUAAUGUCUAUGUGUCAGUUAUCAUUGGUGAAUCAGUACCAUGUUUCGCUUUGCUAUCUCCUACAGCAAUCAUACAGGAUUGAAUUUUAAUCAAGAUGCAUAAUAGAUAGCAACUUUUGUUGCUGAUUAUGUUCAGACUAGUUGCAUCUCACUGAUUAACAUGGAUUCAAAUUUUCGUAAAAUGUUGUAGUAGGUAUUCUUUCCUUAAUUUCAUCUAGCUUAACUCUGAAAAAUUAAUAUGAAACUUUUGAACUUUGAAAGAAUUUUCUUGACUUUGUAUGUAAUGUAAACAUUUUAUUUGAUCAUUAUGGGCCAAUCCAAUUGCAUGACUGGGGAUAAUGAGUUUGAUAUCAACUGCAUACAGCAUUCACUUUCUCUUCAGUCCAUGUUGAAACAACUUACAGAAUUCAGUGCCUUCAGUAGUCCUUUGUAAUAAUAUUUUGUAAUGUAACAGUUGCACAUUGUUGAUCUCCUUCUUUACCAAACUGUGUUUGCCAUUAUCAUUAUGUUCACAAUCAAGCUCAUGAUGUAAAUUAUCAAGUUUUAAAUAAUGUAAUGUUAUUGAUUUGUGAAUUAAUUUGUCCUUAAGAUAUGUUGUAAUAGUAAUUGUAAAUGAAUUUAUCUGAAAAAUAUGAAAAACCAAGAAAUAAACAUUUUAGUCAGUUGAAA